AUCCGCGUAGAUUUGGCGUUUGCAACUACGGCACGAGAAACGAUAGCCGUGAUUGAAUACAAGAAAAGGGGACAAAUCGACCCGAUGGAUUUCAAGAAUGGGGAAGUUUGGGAAGACCAAGCCAACGACAACAAAGUCAAAGCCAUGAUCAACAAGGCCACUCGUAACGGCGGAACCCUCCUUGAGGAUAACGCAAUGACCCACGUCAAACAAGUCGCAGCCUAUUGCCAGGAUACUAAGUGUGCCUACGCUGCUUUGUUUAACUGGGAUUACCUGAUCCUGUUUCAUUUCGACAAGAUGGAUCGGCAGGAAAAG